GGAGUCGAGUCUUGAUGGUAUCUGCAGCUAAGCGGGUUAAAUAUAUAAGCAGGCGUUAGUAAUGUUUAAUAUUAUUGUUAGUAAGUUGUAUGACGAUACGUGAAAUCGAAAACUAAUUAGCACUUCAAAACACUUUUAGGUGUAGAUUACGUAAUAUUAGUUUUUUAGGAAGGUCCUUAUAAAAACUACAGUAGUUCACCCCUUGAUAUUUAUCGUAAGUUUACUUGUACUUGUUGUAGUGACAAAUACUGUAUACUAUAGUAUAGUAAUAAUAGAUAUUGCCAGGUAAGCGUGAGUAUUGUGAAAUCUAUUUUGGCAAUCAAAAAGAUUUAAGCAGGAUGAGUGAAGGAGAAGACAGACGCCAUCCAAGGAACCUACAGGGUCUGCUGAGGUUUUGUACAGAAAACACUGAAGCUGAAGAUUCAACCCGUCCAACAGAUGCUUCCUUAAUUGAUCCUGAGAGGAGAGAGUGGCUUGAGCAAGCCUUAGAGAGCAUGACAGUCUCUGUUGUUGAAGAGAUGGAGAAAUGUUUACAGAUUCUCAGGAAUGGUAUCAAUGAUGAAAAAGCUGAUGAUGAUGUUUUUGCUGAGCAAAAAGUAGCUCUGGAGAAACUCCUAAAUUUUGUGGAUUCCAUUGAUCAUGCUAUAGAUUUUCACAAACUUGGAGGAUUUUCAGUUCUGCAGUCUCUGUUGAGAGAACCAGAUACAGAAGUCAAAGCUUUAACAGCAGAACUAGUAGCUGAACUUGUCCAGAAUAAUCCAUACUGUCAGAAAGUAGCCAUAGAGCAUCAUCUGGUGGUAACUUUACUGAAUGUCUUAGACCACGAUCCCGAUGAACUAGUUAAAGUGAAAGCUCUCUAUGCUAUAUCCUGUCUGUGUAGACAAUGUUCUGAAGCUCAACAGGUGAUGGAAAAAACAGAUGGCUUUUCUGUUCUUCUUCGAGCACUUCAAUCUCCUGCAGAGAAAUUGAAAAUAAAAACUUGUUUCCUGUUAUCUAAUCUUUGUUCUCAAGAACCUGCCUUUAGAGAACUGUUAUUCAAGAUGGGAUUUGUAGAGCAACUAGCAGCCAUUCUCCAAACUGAACAUAACAGAAGUCAUGAACAUCUGAUGAGUGCUCUUCUAGCUUUAGUUUCAGAGCAUGAACAAGCACAGGAAGAAUGUCACCGGCCAGAACUAGGACUGAAAAAUCUUUUAGAAAAUCGUUUAAAGUUGUUGGAGGGGAAGGAAGAAUUCCAGGAAGAGCUAUAUUACUGUCAGCAGUUACUUAACCUUUGUUUUAAUCAGUCACUAGAACAACCCUUGGAGAGGUAGAUUUCUCAAGUUGCUUGGCAUUUCAUAUUUUUCAGUAACUGCAUUAAUAUUUAGUUAUCUUUAUCAAAUUGUAUGCUAUACUUAACUUCGAGUAACAACUUUUUAUCUAUUAUGUACAUUUUGUGAAUACUGAGGCAGAAGACUAAUGUAUUAAGUUGUUCCAUUGAUAGUGUAGAAAUAAACUAAAUCUAUGUUCUAACAAA